AUGGGACUUUUCAGAGUCUGGGCAGCAGUGCUGCUAUGCGCCCUACAAGUCCAAGCCAAAGCGGCAUUCGCCCACUUUAUGGUCUCCAAUGCUGUCAAUUAUACCGAGUCUGACUGGGCCAAUGAGAUAAGAUUGGCCCAGGAGGCUCACAUCGAUGCCUUCGCACUCAACAUGGCUUACAACCAAGGCGAGGCGCCUCAGCUCAAAGAUGCAUUCAGCGCCGCAAGCGCAACUUCCUUCCAGUUAUUCUUUUCUUUUGAUUAUGCUGGCAACGGACCAUGGCCAAAGGACGAUGUGAUUCGGAUUCUUGAGCAGUAUGGCUCUCAUGGCAGCCAUUACAAGUACAAAGGCAAAGCAUUCGUAUCGACCUUCGAGGGUCCCAAACAGGCCAGUGACUGGACUGAAAUCAAAUCUCGCACAAGCUGCUUCUUCGUCCCAGACUGGUCAUCACUUGGCGCAAAGGCGGCGAUGGAGGCAGCCGAUGGCGUAGCCGAUGGCCUCUUCAGCUGCGCCGCCUGGCCCUGGGGUGACAGGGACAUGGAUACCUAUGUUGAUGCCUCGUACGCUCAAUAUCUCAACGGCAAGCCCUACAUGAUGCCCGUGUCGCCAUGGUUCUAUACAAAUCUGCCCGGGUUCGACAAAAAUUGGCUCUGGCGGGGCGAUGAUCUCUGGUUCGACCGAUGGCAGCAAGUCCUUUACGUCCAGCCUGAAUGGAUCCAGAUCAUCUCAUGGAAUGAUUUUGGUGAAUGUCACCAUGUUGGGCCCAUCGUCGACAAGGCUUUGGGUGCGCUCAACAAAGGCAGGGCACCGUUUGACUUUGUUUCUGGGUUGCCUCACGACGCUUGGCGCAAGACGCUUCCUCUUUCGAUCGAUAUGUACGUCAAAAACACAACCACCAUUACAGAAGAGGGUGUCACGUUCUGGUACCGCAAACAGCCGAUCGCAGCAUGUGGGACAGGUCAAACUUCAGGCAACACCGCGUCUCAGCUUCAGGUGGAAUUCUCGCCUCUCAAGGUAGUGCAAGACCGAGUGUUUUACACAGCCAUUCUGACAUCGCGAGCCGAUGUGGCGGUGAGCAUCGGAGGUGCCAGCCAGGUCGGAAAUUGGUCCGAUCAGCCGGAAGGCGGAAUUGGUCUCUAUCAUGGCAGCGUCCCAUUCAAUGGCAUUGGACAAGUCAGCAUAAGCAUCACAAGAAAUGGAGCUGCGAUUGCUUCCGGCUCGGGCAUUGCCAUCACGAAUCAGUGUGAAACAGGGGGCCUUGCGAACUGGAAUGCCUGGGUAGGUUAUGCCAAGGGCCCAAGUGGACUAUCGAAGACACCACUUUCCAUGGAUGACCGAGUCUGUGUUGAGGGAAAUGGCCUAGGUGGCUUCGCUGGUCUGUGUCAGUUCACCUGCGAGCUCGGGUACUGUCCGCUGGGCGCCUGUUACUGCACCAAAAUGGGCGAGCAGCGCAAGUAUCCUGAGUCCAAGAACGUCUUGGGAUACCCCGCACCUGGAGGUGAUGCCAACUACUCAGGCUUGUGCGCUUUUGCCUUCUCACCCUUCUCGCCUCCAGCAUGCAUACAUGGCGUCGGCCCUCCAGGCUGGGAGGGCCUCUGCGACUAUGCCUGCAACUUUGGCUUUUGCCCCAUAGGUAUCUGCACCUGUGACAAGCAGGGAGCCCUGAACCAGCCGCCCGCCACCAUAGACAACAGCUGGGUAAGGUCAACAUCAACAGUGACAGUCUUGGUCAUCACCUACCCGCCUAUAACGACAACUCUCAUCCCCGUCUACAACAUCAACAUUACCGCCACCAGCGUCAACGGCAUUGACUACACCAUCACACCGUCAAUUUUCCCAUCCCAAACUAUCACCAUCGGGCCCCCGCCUGGGGUCGAUGAGACUGCCAUGACCCUUGUCGUUACCUCGACGCCCACAGGCUCCACGACAUGGCCCCCCCUCAGUGACAAGGACUUACACUCCAAGGUGCGUCACUCGAGUGCUGGGCCCCCUGCGCCCAUCUGCGCAGGCAGCGGCUGCGGAGUGGGAUGCACCGCCAUGUGUAACAGUUGUGGCCUUCUGGGCUGCGGUGGCUGCAUUUUCGAUUGCGGUACCUGCUUGAGCCCCUUUGGCUGCGGCGGCAUUGACAUUACAGGCGGCGGCUGCGUGGGCCCAGCUUGUCCUGCGGCUGUCUGCGUCGGCGGUGGCUGCGAGCCUGAUGCAGAGUGCGAAAAGCCCAAGACGGCGAGCGCCUGCACAGCGAGCUGCUCCGUCACAUUACCGAGUGCCGGUGCCCGUACCUUCACGACUGAGUGUUACACGACGCGCUGCACCGAGAGAACGGCUUGCAAUGCUGUGGCCACAACAACCACAACCCGCACUACAAGCGGCUGUCCAACCCUGAGCGCCUACCAGCCAUGGUGGACAGACGAUAACCAGGCUGUGUUCGCACCCGGAGAAGACGGCUGGGGCGGAUUCUUGGCGGCAACCGGCACGUAUCUCGAUCCGGCCCUGAACACGAUCCCCAUCGACUAUGAGUCGGGCACUGACGAUGAAGACGGCGACGGCGGUGGCGGUGACCCCACACCAACCCCGGAACCGGAACCAGAACCAAAGACCACCCCAGCAAGCGGUCGCGAAGGCUAUGGUGGCGUCUUCUUCAUGGUGUACUGGGAAGUCGGGGGCAAGGGCCAAUACCGUGGUUACAGCUUGUGGUCUAAAACCCUAAGCAUCAAUAACCCAGAUAUCUGCACAUGGGAAAAAGACCCGCUCACGUUGACGUGGAAAGAUUAUCCCGGAGACCCAAUCAUGCCUCCGGGUACGAUUCAGGGGGUUACUCUCUUUCAAGAUACCUGCACUUACUCGAAGCGCACGUUGACAUGUGGCAAGUAUAAAGAUGCCACGUGCGAGAACUUGACAGGAUCGUUUGGUAGUCCUACACAGACCGGCAAGUGUAGCAGUGCGAGCUGGGGAUCUAUCAUGGUUUGCCACUGGUUUAAUUAUUGA